GAAAAGUCCCUGGCUAGUCUUCAAAGCAGCAUAAAGAUGCUCAAUUCGCAAAAACAAGCCCACCUAAGGGAGAUGAGCACUGAUCUUACUCAAAAUUUGACACCCCAAGAGCAAGAACGACUUGAACAACUUAAUGCUGAAGUUGAGCAAUUAGGAGACUUAUUAUUCAAGAUAUCAACUUCAAGGUCAGAGCUUGAAGGACGAAAGAAUAUAUUGGAGAAUGAACUGAACGCAAACUUGAGAAGGCGCCGCGAAGAGUUAUUGAUACAAAUCGAGAAUUUAUCUACAAACGAUGAUUAUGAAAUAAUAUACAAUAAUAAAGAAGAACUAGAAAGGGUGAUUAAAGAAAUGUCUGUCCGUGAGCAAGGUGAGAAUCAAAAUAGUCCAAAAAUCGAAUCUAGCUGUUCGCUUACGCGAUAUCGGCUCUUGAUAUUAGAAAUUGAGGCAGAACUACAAGAGCUUUCUAAUGCUUUGAACCAAAGGAAUUCGGAUUCUGAAAGAUUAAAGGCCGAACAAAUCGAACGUCAACAAAAACUAGAACGCCAGCAAAAAAAUGUAGACAAAUUCUUAUCAAAGCGAAAACUAUUGUUACAAAAGAAAGAGGAAUGCUCAAAAAACAUUCGAGAGCUCGGUGCAUUACCUGAAGAGGCAUUCGAAAAGAUAAAAAACACCGAUCCCUCUAAGCUCUUGAGAGACUUACACAAAGUUAAUGAGGGCCUAAAGAAAUAUAGUCAUGUUAAUAAAAAGGCAUUUGAACAGUAUAAUAAUUUUAAAAAGCAAAAAGAAACGCUUACAAAAAGAAAGGUUGAACUGGAUCAAUCGAAGAGGGCGAUCAAUGAACUGAUAAACGUCUUGGAUCAAAGGAAGGAUGAAGCUAUUGAACGCACUUUUAAACAAGUGGCUAAAUACUUUUCUGAAGUUUUUGAGAAGUUGGUUCCUGCAGGAAGAGGACAAUUGAUUAUGCAAAGAAAAGUAGAUCAUAAUGAUCAAGAGGAGGAAGAAGAGAUAGAGCCAGAAGAAAAUGGAGGGUCUAGUGUAGAUAAUUAUACAGGUGUUGCAAUAAAGGUCUCAUUUAACAGUAAAACCGACGAAGGGCUUCGUAUGCAACAAUUGUCUGGUGGACAAAAGUCUUUGGUUGCUCUUACCUUAAUCUUUGCAAUCCAACAAUGCGAUCCAGCUCCUUUUUACUUAUUUGAUGAAAUAGAUGCUGCACUCGAUGCACAGUAUAGAACUGCCGUUGCAUCUAUGAUUCAUGAGCUGUGUGAUAAAGGACAAUUCAUUACUACUACAUUUCGUCCAGAAAUGCUUACCAAUGCUGACAAGUUUUAUGGCGUGACAUUCUCAAAUAAAGUUUCGAGCAUUAGCGCAAUUACCAAGGAAGAUGCACUUAACUUCAUUACGCAG